CAUUUAGAACAACAUUUGUAUUUAAAAACUCCACAUCGAUAUCUACAAUUCUUGGCUUGAGCCAUAUAUUAUUCCUUAAUUUGCAGUUGAAAAUUAUUUGCUUUUUCGGUCCUGUAAACAUAGCAAUAUGCCGUGCAGAGUGGGCGACACGGAUUCUAUUUCCGCUCGUUUUCAGCCUAGUGUCAGGAUAGGAAAUUGGGUGGAGGAAAAUUGCCUAGAGGAGGACAAAAUUGUGAACUUCAAGAAACAACGCGAUCGAGGCGAACUUCUGGUGGAGAAAGCUCGCACUUUGUAUGAUAAUUUCCACAAGGAGGUCGUCUUGGCUGCCCCCAAACAGACGAUAAUUUUCGGGGCUAUUGUGCAACUAAUGCCCAUCUAUAUGAACAUCAGUGACAUGGACACCUCCGAUCUGAAUGCCGCUUUGUCGGUGGUCAUCAACGAAAAGGUGGUGCGAAAGAGCCAGUCAAUCAAUGAGGACUGCGAGCUGACUGUGGCGCCCUCGAAGCGACCCUGUGUGCGAAACUCCUUCAAGAUAGUCAGUGGAGAUGGUCGGGAUCGCACUGGGGAGAACAUCAAGUAUGGCCAGCGAUUCCAGCUGCAGUGCAUGGCCUCGGAACACGACCCCAUAGUUUUAUACAGUGGGCCCAAGCGGUGCAACCUUCAGCAGGGCGUCAAUGCCACCUAUUUGUCGCACAAAAACGGAGAACUUAACCUGAACUUGGGGCUUGUGCAUCGCAGCAGAAUUAUGUGUCCCGACAACGAUAUACCCCUGGCCUAUACGAAUUGGUUUUGUAGACACGUUGAUCCAAAACAGCGUUUUGAAAGCGAAGGAGAAGAUAUUCCUAGCAAUUCGCCCUUGGUGAUUGUACACGGAACUACAAAUCGAAAUCUGGCUGCUGAAAAUGUUUUAAUUCAAACCCUGUUUGGCCCAGAAUUCCUGGUAUCCGUACAGAACUAUCGCAAUAUAUAUAAGCACGAGAUCUGGAAGAACGUGUGGAUGAUCAGCAAUGGACAUCAGACUGGAUCAAAAUCAUCAAAUUCUUCGUCUCACUAAGUUCUUACAACUGUAAAUGCUUAAAAAAUUACAUAUUCUUAAGAAAAAAACCGCAGCGCUUUGUGA